GUGUGGGUGGGUGGCUGGGUGGUCUUGGGCUUGGGUGUUUGCUCACGUAAUUCCCUAAUUAAAUACUUAAAUUGUAAUUGCUUUCGAACCAGAAAGCGACGAAAGCUCCAGGAGUCCUGUCAUUAAAAACGAAUAUAUAUAAACUUGUAUAUAUAUAUAGAGAAGAGUCAUGUGUCGUAGUCCAUUGAAAAGAAAUCAAGGUGUGUAAUGGUUGCUGCUGUUGUUGCAAAAAAAGAAGAAAGCAAGAAAAGUGCAAAGUGUAAGGUAACUAAAAGAUGUGUCUACAUCAUGCUUUCAUUUUCAAUUCAAUCUGCUUGAAUAAUUCAUCAUGAAGACAUGACAUCGCAUCAAACACACACACUAAGAGAGAGAGAGACAACCAACGAUGGACAUCCAAUCGAAUCAACUUUAAUUGAAUGAAAACAAAUCAUGCCAAUCAUAUUGACUCUAAUCCAAUUAAAUUAAACGAAAAUAUUUCAAAUACAUCUAAGAUGAUUCGAAACGCUUUAAAUAUUUUCAAAACCAAAACAGAAUUAUAUACAUUUUGGGGUAACUAAACUAGUAAAAGAGUCAUAGCUAAGAGUCAUGAUAAAUCCCUAAGUUAAACUUGACUUGGGAUAAUGCUAAGUUUAAGUAAAAGAUAUACAUUAGUAGAAAAGCAAUUUACGCUCUGAUAUAUAUCUAUCAUUAAAACUAAUCUAUAGUUGGCCAUUAAAAUGUGUUGUAAAAUAAAACCCAGAAGCUAGUGAGACUGACUAACUACUGUUCGCUGUCCGUUAAGCCAUAUAAGUCAUCACUUUAAUUUUAAUUGCCUUCCUUCCCUUUUCCCUAUACGACUAAGCUUAGUCCGCUUACGCCUCUGUUGACCUACAGGACCUACGGCCAUUGGCGAUUUUCCUGUCUGCUCCUUGAACUUGCCUCGUGCAUCUACUGGCCACGUUUUUAUGUGCUUUUAAGUGUGCAAUUAAAGGUCAAUUGCCGGCCAGGCUGGACAGCUAGCCAGCCAAACGCUGAAGUAGCCCAUAAAUGAGGCGAUGUCUUUUGAGAGUGUGACCAGCUCUAUAAUAUUUUCUUUUUUUUUGGUUUAAAAACAUAAACUUUAUGACUCUUAAUAUAAUGAAAAUGAAGUUUGGUGUGUGCUGAAGAAAUUAUAGUUUAAGUAUCAGAAAAAUUUAGUAUUGAUCUGAUUUAGUUAAUGCAAGAAAAGUCAACUUUGAUCUAGAUCAAUAAUAAACAUAAAGGCCAUUCCUCUUCUCGCCUCUCCCCCAACACUAGUAGGCCUUUAAAAAUACUUUCAAUCCUCUAAUCCAAACACCUGAUAACACCAAAACGACCAAAUUUGGCAGUAUCCCUUAUCAAUUUACACCGAAAAAACAUGUCCAAAGACACACCAAUAUCUACCAAUUUGGCUGAACACAAGGCUGGCCGGAUGACGCUUAUCGGUAAGAUGGUCGAACCCGAUGAACGCAGAGGAUUGCUAUUCGCUCGUCGCUCUACCACUGAUAAUCAGGUGCACAUCCAUUGGAUGGAUACACGAUCGGGAGCCAUUGAAUUGGAUAUUAUUGUCACGCCAGGUGGUCUAGAAUUUCGACGUAUUGAUGAAUGCAAAACUGGUCGCGUUUAUGUACUAAAAUAUACACGAUCCACACAGCGUUAUUUCUUUUGGAUGCAAGAACCAAAAAUGGAAAAGGAUAUGGAAUUUUGUCAACGUCUCAACGAGAUAAUUGGCGGCGGUCCCAAGAAAUACAAUGAAAGUGAGGCUGCCGAGGGUGAUGUCGAUACAGAUGUGGAACAGGAUAAUCAUCGUGGUUUCGGUGGCAGUGAACUUAUUAUUAUUAACCAUAAUGAAAGUAGCCAAGAACUUUUAGAAAAUUCUAUACUUUUGCAAACCGAUGACAGCGACGAAACUUUAUCAUUGACAUUUUCUAAUAUCUAUACAUAUUCAGAGCCAAAAGUCUUGGCAUCUGCCAUUGUUUCGCAUGGCACUGAAGCUAUGGAAUGUCUUAUGACAUCAUCGGUACGCCGUCAAAAGUUGUUAGCUCAACUACCCAAAGAUCCGGAUGAGGAGGACAAUGAUAAUGAAACUGAAAUAAUAUUCAAACAUUUACGUUCUGAUGAAUUCAAAGAAUUUCUAACCGAUUUUACUUUUGGCCUACACGCAGGCGUUCUUAAUACGGCCCUGAAAUCUCUUAUCAAGAACCAUGAAGUCCUGGAAGCUGCCCAGUCUGGUGAUAUCGAACGUUUUAUAUAUGUUCUGACUCAUCAGGCAUAAUAUUAUCGAUUGAGCUUAAGUGUGGGUCUUGAUAUACGUUAAAAAUUCGCACCAAUAAAUAUGAGAUAUACCAAAAAAAAAAAACUAGAAGGAAAAUUCAAGAAAAAAACGUACAAAAUGCAAUAACUGGUUGACUCCUUGGCCGUCACUUUGUCUCGAGUUACGAAGAUAAAUGAGAUGCCAUAAGUUAGACGACAACUUGCACAACUCCAGACAAAGACCAAGCGGAUAAAAGUGCGCUUCAGCUCAGCAAAAAUAAAAUGAAAUAAAAAAACGAAAAGCGUUGACUUUUUUCCCCAUACUAAAAAUUGAUAUAAAAUACACACACACACACACACACACACACAAAAAAAGUAUAAAAAGUAGCAAACCCAACGAUGAAAACAAAAGAGUAGGAAAUUUCUCAAAUAAAAAAUAGUUGUAAACUAUGGGGAGUACUUAGGAUCGGGUUAGUGCGGCUGUCUAGGAGGGGGGAUUCAGUCUUUCAGUUCAGUUUCGAGUUUAAGAGUUCUGGUCCUUUGCGACAGCAGUUUUCUUUUGCCUCAUUUGUAUGGCGCCUGUUCUGUCCUGCCAACCCUUCUUAUAUUCAGCCCUGUUUUUCCCAAAAAAAAAAAAUCAAAAAAGAGGAGAAAGAAGAAAACUUUUUCCACGUUGUUUUAAUGAAACUAAGUGAGCGGCAAAAUGCUGGACAGCGCGGGAGCGGGCUCGGCCAGUGUGAAGAAUUGUUCUAUGGUUUUGGGUCAGAUAAAGCAUUCGAAAAUGCUGGGCUGGAAAAAUGUUAUCCCCUUCUUCUUUUUUUUGGCAAGAAAAGCAGACCUAAGAAAGGCAAAAAUCUUCAGAAAGUUGUUGCAUUGUGUCAGAGUUUGGACAAUGGUAGUAAAGAACAAAAAAAAAAAAAAGGAAAGAAUAUUCGUGUAUGCUGACUAAGAAAAAGCAAAUUUAAUGAUUAGUUUUUGUUCGCUUUCUUGCUAUACGGCAGUGCAUUUGUCAUUAUUGAGAGUGACCAGCGUUUGUUUUGGUAUGGCUGUGAGUUAAUAGUGUGGCUGUAGUUUUUUUUCUUUUUCACAGAGGGUAAAUCAAGAGAUUAAAUAAAGAAAACUUAAGGCAAACUUAAUUCACUUUACGUUUUAAGCUUGCCAAUUCUAUAACCCUAACCAUGAAUUUCCCCCUCUCAUUUAACCAACUAAAACUAAUUAAGCUCCCCUGUAAACCCUUCUUUCUUGCUCACUUCUGGUAUCCACAUUAAACUUAAUGCUAAACAGCAUUGCAGAGAAUUGCCAUAAAAAUUACUUAAAACCCAACCAACAAGCAGCUUAAAUAUGCCUCUUAUUGAUGUUCUUCACAACGAAGCAAAUGCAAUAAUAGUUAAGAGAGAAAAGGAGCUCAAACAGGCGAAGGGGGAAUAUACUACGUGUGUGUGUAUGGCUAUGUGUGUGUGUGUGUGCAACAUGGGGGAACUAGCUCUUUAGCCGCUUUUCCAGCUCGCAGUUCCCAGUUUCCCAAAACUUCAUGUCCAUUCCCAUUGCCAUUGCCAUUUCCAUGUCCAUGUCCUUUACCACUUUUCCAACUCUCUCUCUCUCUCCCCCAGCUUUUCCAGCUCUCGACUGCUAUGCGUGUUGCAUACUAAUUUCAAAAAUUUGCCAUUACAUUUGUACUUCGCACUGCUCCAUGGCACUACACUGCCACUAUUACUACCCCAAAAAAAAAAAAAAAGAAACUCAUCUCCUUCCAUCUAUUUUCUACCCAUAUUCCUGCCCUUCAGCUUGUCGGUUUGCUGCCAUCUUGAAUUACGCAAACACACACAUACCGAUACACACACUGAGACACCAUUGAGUGUGUGUUACUGUUUUUGGUGCUUGAUAAUCAAGCAGCAACUGAAGCUGGAACUGAAACUGAAACUGAAACUAAAACAGGCAAAGAGAGAGAGGAGGAACAGCAAGCCAUGGGGUAAUUCACACACAAAAUUGCUGGAAUUUUUGCUGUAGUCAAAGGUGAAGCCAAAAGCAUCUUAGCCACACAUGCAACCCGAAAGCUAUCUCUUUCACUCUUUGUUGUUACAAAAACAAACACAACAUUUGUUUCUCAAAGUGAAUUUUCAUUCCGUUCUAAAUGUAAAUAAAAGUUGCCUUCUACUUGGUUUUUUUUUUCGUACCUACAGGCAAAAAUGAGUAGGAAAUGCCCAAGGAAUUUACCACCUCAUGUGGAGUUUUCAGGCAAUUGGUCAAUUAUUGUUGCUGUCAUGCUAGGGGUAUUAACUGAAAUACUAAACAAAAAAAAUGUAUAAGAAUUUCUUAUAAUCAUUUAAAAAGUUGUGUGAAAUCUCAUUCGAAAAAGCAAAAUACCAGAAAGAUCUCUAAGCAAAUAUUAAGAAAGACAUUCUUUUUAGCCUUUGGCUUAAUUGGAAUUUAUUUCACUUUGAAUUCAGGCAAUUGCCAAAGCCAAAAACAUUUGAUUAGGUUGAUUGCGAAAUUUGUGGAAUUUGUGUGGGACUGAACUUCUAAUCAGGAUUUCUCUUGAAGAGCCUCGAGCCAAAGUCGAAAACUUUAAGCACGUGUCAUAAUUGUCAAUGCCACAACGCUUUUGGUAAAGGCAAAUACAUAUAUAGAAUAAUAUAUAUAUUAAAGUAUAUAUAUAUAUAUAUAAGAUAUAUGUGGCAUGCUGCGGCAAACGGAAGUCACACAGACAUGAAGGAGAAGCAGAUCAGAAAAUGGCAGACAAAUGGGAAAGGCAUUUGACAUUGACCAAACAUUGUCGCAUUAAGGAAACGCACUGGCCUCAAGCAUAUCCUUACCAGAAAACACUCAUCGAGAGGUGGUCAAACAUUUCCUUUCAAUGAUGCUCAACUUGAUGUCUCUCUCUCUAUGUUCCUUCUUGAAAUAUUGUCCUUGAAAUGCCUUCAAGAAUAGAGUUGACAAACGAUUUAUUAUCGAUAAAUUCGAUUUUCUUACUUUUUAACUGUAAUCAGCGAUAAAUACUUUUGCAAAAGCAAAACUUUUCGAAACAAUAUAAAUGUCGGUAUUACCUUAGCUUGAUUUGUUAAUCGAUUUUACUGCUGAGUUUUUAAUCGAAUUAUUUGAGAAUUUAUUGGUGAAUUGAUCAACUUUAGUAAUCCCGUUAUUUAUAAUCGAUGUUCUGUCAUCUCUGCCGCAAAAGUGUACAUUAAAAAAACUGACGCCAGACCCGGAGAAAAGUUGCCAAAAAAGGCCAGCGACAGUAUUGCUGGAAAAAAACCUCUCUUUCCCCAACUUUUUCCCCCUCUCUAUUUCCUACCCUCUCCUUAACCCCCCUUUUUAGUCACUGGCCUAGUUCGCAUUGAAGCCGCAGUCCAUGAGACAAUAACUCAUGAAGUGUGCGGCGAGGGGCCAAACGGAACCCGAAUAAAAAUCAAAUAAUAGCGUAAAAGCUUUACCCUCUAAAAAAAAAAUUGUGAAAAAGGGAGAAGUGUAGAGGGAAAAUGGGGGUUAAAAUUGGAGGAAAAAAACCCUGUCCAAGGGACAACAAUAAAAUGUCGCCGUCGAGCUUUGUCCGCGUCGGCAAACCAGAAAGUUAACCCAGUUGCAGGGAGCAAUGAAUAAAUUUUCCAAACUGACGCUGGAAAAACUUUCCUAUCGCGCAGCCCUACCAAAAAAAAAAAAAACGAAAAGUCAAAUUAAACCAAUAGGAGUUUAAAAAUAAGGUAAAAAAAAACCUAACUUUACAAAUAGAUAAUAAAAAUGAAAAAGUAUUUAAAUUAUCAAUUUUAGAGCUAUGACAAAUUGAUGGAAAACUAGUCGAUUUUCAACUAGAUUUUCUAAAUAUUUUCCCCAUGCAAAUGCAUUCAAUUCCGAUUUAAGCCAACGAAAUUAACGAAUUCUUUGAAUUAAAUAACUUUCACCGCUGCACCGCCACGCCGCGCCCUGCGUGUGGUCUCUCCUGUCAUUCUCGGGUUAAGUGCACCACCGCUCGAUAUGCCAGAUGAAGAGGACAAAAGUGCAUUUAACAAAUUAAAAUCGCAGAAACCACCAUCCAAACGAAAUGGCAAUAAAGCUCUGGCCAGGCAUGGGGGUAUAAGGGGGAGAAGGGCGGGCCGAAAUGGCUUUUUUGGGCAACGUCCAAUAAUGAUGUUGUUGCCGGUUUGGAUUGGGUCCCCUUGGUCUCUGGGUCCUCACUGGUCGUUGUCCUGCUCGUCCUCGACUUUCUGACUGCGAAAACUGAAUGCAAUCCGAGCCGGAACUGACACGCACAAAAGGAUAUGCAACACUCACUAAUAAAUUUCAUAUUUAUGUAGAACACACACACACACACACAUACGCAGAGAGCAAGAGAAGCGAGGGGAAGAGGGAAAUGCAGUCAACGAGUGGGCUAAAAAAGGGAAAUAUCCGUCGAAAUAUAAACGUGAAAUUGCCGGACCAACCAAAGUUUGUUGUGUGUGCGGUUCGCUAUGCAAACAUUUUCCGGCGGGCAGCGUAUAAGGGUUAAAGAGGGGGGUAGAUACUUUUUUGGGCACAUCUGACAAUCUCGGCAGAACAAUAAAAACGAAUCGAAAUUAAACCAAAUAAUGCUGGGGAAUAUAUCUGCCAUGGCGGCUAAAUGUCCCAUAAAAUCGUUAUCCAAACUUUAUGGCUGAUUUUCUUUGUCUUUUUCUUUAAGUAUUAAAAUUACAUUUUUAAAAUGGGAUAUUAAAUAUAAUAUU